AUGGAUAAGAAAACAAAUAAUCAAAAACCAACGAAUAAUCUAACUCUGCCAAAACCUGCACAGAACGAAAUCUCGUUACUAACAACUUCACUUGUAAAAAGCAGGGAUAGCAAUGGAAGUAAAGGAAGAUCCGUCGAGUCAAUAACGGCAACGACGCCAAUUCGAAUAGCGUCGUCUUCACAGCCUCAAAAACAAGAUGUAACCUCAAAUGAUCUGAUAAAAGAUCCAA